AAGCUGUCAACUGGACGCAUCGAGCAGUGGACGCCGGCGUGCAGUCAUCUAAAGCACGAUGCCGAAAUCAGGCGCUCAUCAGCCUCUGGUUCGACAUGACACUGAUGAUGGUGGGGAAACAGGACAGUCCGUUAAGUCUCUAGCGGAUGUUUCUGAAGAGGAAAUUGAUAGUCGAAUGAGUAGAAGAUCGUCAGUUAUUGCUGAUCUGCUUUCUCUUUUUCGCCGUUCCUCCAGUGUUCUUGUUCGACCACAUACACGAUUAGGAAAUCCCAAUUUUGACGAUGACGAUGACGAAUUCGACGAAGAAGACGACAAAGAAGCUUCGAAAGAUAGGAUACUCAAGAAAAUUCAACAAAAGAAAGAAAUUAUACAAAAAUUACGUGGCCAGCCGUGGUAUAUGAAAAGAAAACGGCGGACGUUGAAAGUAGCACAAAAACAUCUACAACAGCAAGAAGCAAAAGUCUCGAAAGCAAGAUUAUACAAAGCAGAGGCUGGUCGAAGAUUGACACAAGCCAGUCGAUGGUUGGAUAAUCUCAAAAUUUAUUUGAUACCCUGGGAAGCAAAGAUUCGAAAAAUUGAAAGCCACUUUGGAUCAGUUGUGUCGUCAUAUUUUACAUUUCAUCGAUGGGUUCUCGGAGUUAACAUCACAAUCACAUUUAUUAUGUGUAUGUUCGUAGUUAUACCUGAGUGGCUCGCCGACUCUCGAACUCAAUUCGGUGAUGACAGAUACAAUAAGACAAAGGCCAUCAAAGUAAUGCCACCAGCUGUUCGUGCUCGUGCCGACGAGCUAUCCACAGUCUGGGACUUUGGGGGCUACUUUCAAUACUCUUUAUUAUUUUACGGUUUUUACUCGAAAGAAACGUUUUUCGGAGAAACAAUCAAAUAUCGUGUUCCAGUGGCUUAUUUUUUCUGCAACAUUUUUAUUCUAGGAUUUUCACUUUUCAUCAUCUUGAGGAAAAUGGCGGCUAACAAUCGUCGUGGGACCUUAUCAUCAGGAAAAACGCAACAGUAUUUAUUCAAUUGGAAAGCUUUCACAGGCUGGGAUUAUACUAUAGGUAAUCCUGAAACUGCUGGAAAUGUCUAUAUGGCAAACGUUAUAAAAUUUCGUGAAGCAAUAAACGAUGAUAAACAAAAGCCAAGUGACAAACAUCCCUGGAUUCGGUUUGUAGCACGUGUUCUUACAAAUCUUUUCAUUUGCGCAAUGUAUGUGUUCUCAAUAUGGGCCAUUAUGCAAUGCGGAACUUUGAAAGGAGAACACUUUUUUGCGCAGAAUGCCACUGCUAUAACCAUUUCUCUCAUUACAUUAGUUUUCCCGAAUAUUUUUGAUCUGCUGGGUAAAAUUGAAAAGCUACACCCGAGAAAUGCAUUGAGGUUCCAACUUGGAAGAGUGCUUGUUCUAUACAUUCUGAAUUACUACACUCUGAUUUAUUCAUUGAUGUUGCAAUUGGAGCAUUUGCAGAAAGAGAAAAAUGCCUCUGAUAAUCCAAUUUCUGCACUUGGCCAUCCAGGAGAUGCAAUAGGAAGAACAAUACGUGAGACAGUGUUGCCUCGAUAUCCGGUAGACAACAAUCCCCAUACAUACUACUCCUACGCCCCAGUUACAACAACUCCCAUCCCUGCAACCAGUUCGUGGACAACUGUGCUUCCCGACUUUGGACCAUUUGGAGUGUAUAACCCGAAAGCAUCAGUCACUAAGGACGAUACAGUUUUCUCUUCUCCAGUUGUAGAAACGCACAUGUUUGGACCAAACUCAGACUGGAAUGAGACAACUGUGAAUGCAGCAAGCCCAACGGGAGCCACAACACGUGCAUCACUCCGUAUGUCUCAAGGAGGUCUUUGUUGGGAAACAAUCAUUGGCCAAGAAAUAACAAAACUUGUGACAAUGGACUUGUACAUGACAGUCGCUUCAAUUUUUCUGAUUGAUUUUCUUCGUGGUUUGGCAUGUCGAUAUUUGAAUUUAUAUUGGCCAUGGGAUUUGGAGAGAACAUUUCCUGAGUACGGAGAAUUCAAAGUUGCUGAAAAUGUGCUUCACUUGGUAAAUAAUCAAGGAAUGAUAUGGCUCGGGCUCUUCUUUGUUCCACUUCUCCCAAUGCUGAAUAACAUAAAAUUGAUUAUCUUGAUGUACAUUCGAGGAUGGGCUGCAAUGACGUGCAAUGUUCCGGCCAGUCAAAUCUUUCGUGCCAGUCGUUCGUCCAACUUUUUCUUUGCACUACUAAUACUGUUCCUAUUCCUCUGUACACUUCCAGUCGGAUUUGUUAUAGCUUCAAAAACUCCGAGUAAAAGUUGUGGUCCAUUUGGAAAUCAAUCAUUCUUCUACAGUGUCAUUACUGAUGUUCUUCAUGAAAACUUAGACAAAACCCUUGUUAAUGGUAUCAAGUACAGUUUGUCUCCAGGAAUCAUUAUUCCAGUUUUAGUACUGUUGUCACUGGUUAUAUAUUUCCUCAUUGCAAUGGUUACCGGAUUAUCACAAGCUAAUCAAGACCUGUCAUUUCAACUUAUGGUGGAACGGACAGAAGAGAAGAAAAAAAUCUUUGAGCUUGCCGGGGGAAAGAAGAAAAAGAGCAAAGACAACACAUUUGGAAAACAAAAACCAAAACAAUUACUACCCCCACCAACAAAAGGAGUUUCUUCUGAUGAUGAUUCCCAGCACAAUAGAUCAACUGCUAAAAGUGUAUCAGGUCGCCAAUUUGUACCUUCAUUAGGAUCAGUAUCAGAAGUUGAUCACAGCACCGGUGAAGAACAAUCUUCUGAUAGUGAAUCAACAACAUCGUCGCUUCCGCCAAAGUUAUCUCUUCGUCAGAGGUUUUUAGUAUGCAUUGGCUGGGCUGAUCCAAAUAAAUAUGGGCGACAUGAUGAUAUUGAAAUGGAAGAAGGUGGUGGAAGGCUUCGAGAAUUAUCAACUGGUUCCGAAACAGAUUCAGAUGAUGAGGAUAGCGAAAAGAGAAACUCCGAAAGCAGAUAUCUUCUGCCACCCGACGGUUCUCGUCCAGCAUCUAGAGAACGAUCAGAAAAUCCAAGUAAACGAAGCUCACAAAGUAGAAGAACAAGUAAUCGUGACAUGUCCUACCGUACAGCUAUCCAAUCAUUCGAUCAAAACUCACAAUCCGCAUCAGCGUCUUCAUCAAAAUCUACUACUACUGCACCGUCCAAUUCUGAAAUGAGAAUUGAGAUCACAGAAAAUCCACUUCACACUUACAUCACACCUUUGCGAAUUGAGAAAAAGAGCUCUGCUAGUUCAUCAAGUAGCUCGCAUCAGCCAUCAUCUUCAAUUGAGAAACAAGCUGCAAGGAGGCUUCUGCAGCCAAUUAGUACAACACACAAUAUUCGAUAUGGAGUUGCUACGGUAGAAAACUCUUCCCAAGAUCCAACUCGUCCUCCAUCAACAGACGAUUCACUUGGCGAUCCUGCACUUCAUGAACCACUAUGGGCAAAUCUGAAUCCUCACAGCAGCUACACCUCUGCAAUGAUGUCUCCAAUUAUGAAUGAGGUUAUGUCAAAUGAUGAGACAACUGAUGACGAGAAAGGGCGUUUGAUUCCUGAUAGACCACCAAUCCCACAUUCACCAAGAGAGUUGAAAAGACUAAAACGUGAAAAAGAUCAGCAAUCAGAGAGCGGAAGUAAGCCGAGUACUCCUCGACCACCUCGGUUUAGGAUAUCUAUGUCACCUCCACGAAAGCCGCCUUCCGAAAAGAAUGACUCUGACAGUUCGAAUCGCAAGUAUGAAAUGAGAGUCGAAAAGUCGCCGAAAAAACCAAAAAAAUCGGAUAAUGAUUAAUUUUUGUUGUCUUCUAAUUUCAUAAUUAAUUACUGGGUAAUGUCCUAUACCUUGGCUGGUCUUUCACAUUUUCUAUUGUUUUAUUUUUAAAUUUUAAAAUCGUUCAUACUUGGUGGUUUUUCAAUGCCAAUGCAUUUCCAAACAUUGGCGACAGAGUCUGUGAUGUACAUUUUUUAAACAUGAUGAAUAAACAUUUUUCAUUCAU